AUGAAGGUCACUGCAGCUUUUGCAGGCCUCUUGGCCACGACACUGGCCGCCCCUGCCACCGAUCUAGUGACGCGAAGUAUCAACUACGUCCAGAACUACAACGGCAACCUUGGUGCCUUCAGCUACAACGAGGGUGCCGGAACAUUUUCUAUGUACUGGCAGCAAGGAGUCAGCAACGAUUUCGUCGUUGGUUUAGGCAGGAGCACUGGUUCCUCUAACCCUAUCACCUACUCUGCCUCCUAUAGCGCCUCUGGUGGCUCGUACCUCGCUGUGUACGGCUGGGUCAACUCUCCUCAGGCUGAAUACUACGUCGUCGAGGCCUAUGGUAAUUACAACCCUUGCAGCUCGGGCUCGGCUACAAACCUUGGUACCGUGUCCUCUGAUGGAGGCACCUACCAAGUCUGCACCGACACUCGGAUUAACCAGCCAUCGAUCACGGGAACGAGCACGUUCACGCAAUUCUUCUCCGUUCGACAGGGCUCGCGCACAUCUGGAACGGUGACUAUUGCCAACCAUUUCAACUUCUGGGCGAAGCACGGCUUCGGCAACAGCAACUUCAAUUACCAGGUCGUGGCGGUAGAGGCAUGGAGUGGUACUGGCACCGCUAGUGUCACGGUCUCAGCUUAG